AUGGCAAUGGUAGCUGAGGUCGAGGGAUCAGGCUCGCUCAGUGACAUUGACCACAUAGAGAAGACCAAGACCUUGAUUUUUGCCCUUAACCUUCUCUCUCGUAACCUCCCUCUUCCUCAAGAUGUCUUCGAUGCCGUCUCAUCCAUCUAUCAUGGCGUUGACGACGAUGAAAACGACGGUUUUUUUGCUGCUGCUGAUGGUGACGGUGCCGGUGGAUCUGAUGUUGACGUUGAUAAGGAUAGUUCUGGGAUUUCAAACAAGACGGAUUUGAUGACCGAGUUUGAGGAUGCAUUGGAAAAGCAACGGCCAAAUUGCAUAUCAAGUUUUGGAUUGACUGAAUUGAGGGAAAAUCGUGUCCAGAGCCACAUUGACCGCCGUUUAACUGAACUUGAAGAUUUGUCAACUAGCAGAGGAGAGGACCUACAAUCGAAGUGCUUGCUUGAACUAUAUGGACUAAAGCUAGCACAGUUGCAGAGCAAAGUUAGGUUUGACGUGAGUUCAGAAUACUGGCUUCGUGUAAAUUGUGUGUAUCCUGACAAGCAAUUGUUUGAUUGGGGCAUGAUGCGAUUGCGUCGCCCUCCAUAUGGUGUGGGAGAUGCUUUUACUGUGGAUGCUGAAGAUCCUCUAAAGAAGAAACGGGGUGUUGAGCGGCUGUCAAGAUUAGAGGAAGAGGAAAAGAACCGCGUCGAAACUAGGAAAAGGAAAUUCUUUGCGGACUUACUCAAUGCAGCACGUGAAUUGCAAUUGCAAGUACAGGCUGCUCAGAGACGGCGCAAACAAAGGAAUGAUGGUGUUCAGGCUUGGCAUGGAAGGCAAAGACAACGUGCUACACGGGCAGAGAAAUUGAGGUUCCAAGCUCUGAAAGCUGAUGAUCAAGAAGCUUACAUGAAAAUGGUUGAGGAGAGCAAAAAUGAACGAUUAACAAUGCUUUUGGGAAAAACCAAUGAUCUACUUGUUCGUUUGGGGGCUGCUGUUCAACGUCAAAAAGAUGCUGAACAUGAUGCAAUUGAACCCUUGAAAGGCUCAGACUCUGACCUGCCUGAGUUGUCUACCACAAAGAUUGAAACCCCUGGGGAUUCACUUCCUGAGGAAGAUGAUGAUGCUAUUGAUGACGAGCUUGAUCAGCGUGUUAAGACAGGUGAUCUGCUUCAAGGCCAGCGGCAGUAUAAUUCAGUUGUUCAUUCUAUUGAGGAGAAGGUAACAGAGCAGCCAUCCAUGCUUCAGGGUGGAGAACUAAGACCCUACCAAUUAGAAGGGCUUCAAUGGAUGUUGUCAUUGUGCAAUAACAAUCUAAAUGGAAUUUUAGCAGAUGAAAUGGGGUUGGGAAAGACAAUUCAAACCAUUUCUUUGAUAGCAUAUCUCAUGGAAAACAAGGGUGUGACGGGGCCCCAUCUGAUCGUGGCUCCAAAGGCUGUACUACCAAAUUGGAUACAUGAAUUUUCAACAUGGGCUCCUAGCAUCGUUGCUGUUCUUUAUGACGGACGCCUAGAUGAGAGAAAGGUGAUGAGGGAAGAAUAUUCAGGAGAGGGAAAGUUCAAUGUGUUGAUCACCCACUAUGAUCUUAUUAUGAGAGACAAAGCCUUCCUGAAGAAAAUUCACUGGUACUACAUGAUUGUUGAUGAAGGACAUCGGUUGAAAAAUCAUGAAUCUGCUCUUGCACGAACUCUUGUUUCAGGAUAUCGGAUUCGGCGUAGACUUCUGUUGACUGGUACCCCAAUACAGAAUAGUUUACAGGAACUAUGGUCUCUUCUUAAUUUUCUCCUUCCAACCAUUUUUAAUUCGGUUGAGAAUUUUGAGGAGUGGUUCAAUGCCCCCUUUGCAGACAAAUGUGACGUCUCUUUGACAGAUGAAGAAGAGUUAUUGGUCAUUCGCCGUUUGCACCAUGUUAUAAGGCCAUUCAUAUUGAGGAGGAAAAAGGAUGAGGUGGAGAAGUACCUUCCUGGGAAAACACAGGUCAUAUUGAAAUGUGACAUGUCAGCAUGGCAGAAAGAAUACUAUCAGCAAGUCACGGGUGUGGGAAGGGUUGGGCUGGAUAAUGGAAAUGGGAAGUCUAAGAGUUUGCAGAACCUGUCGAUGCAGCUGAGAAAGUGUUGUAACCACCCAUACCUUUUUGUGGGUGAAUAUAAUAUGUGGCGCAAAGAAGAGAUAGCCAGAGCAUCGGGAAAAUUUGAGUUACUUGAUCGUCUACUCCCCAAACUGCGUAGAUCUGGGCAUAGAGUCCUCCUUUUCUCUCAGAUGACCCGUCUAAUGGAUAUUCUUGAAAUUUAUUUGCAACUUCAUGAUUUUAAAUAUCUUAGACUUGAUGGCUCCACAAAAACUGAGGAAAGAGGUUCUUUGCUAAGGAAAUUCAAUGCUCCAGACUCUCCUUAUUUCAUGUUUCUUCUGAGCACUCGUGCAGGAGGUCUUGGUCUAAACUUACAAACAGCAGAUACAGUGAUAAUUUUUGACAGCGACUGGAACCCCCAAAUGGAUCAACAGGCGGAGGAUCGGGCACAUCGCAUUGGCCAAAAGAAGGAAGUGAGAGUUUUUGUGCUGGUUAGUGUUGGAUCAAUUGAAGAAGUUAUCUUGGACCGUGCAAAACAGAAGAUGGGCAUUGAUGCCAAGGUCAUCCAGGCAGGGUUGUUCAAUACAACUUCAACAGCUCAAGACAGGAGAGAGAUGUUGGAAGGGAUCAUGCGGAGAGGGACGAGUGCACUUGGAACAGAUGUGCCAAGUGAGAGAGAGAUCAAUCGUCUAGCAGCCCGAUCUGAUGAGGAGUUCUGGCUGUUUGAGAAGAUGGAUGAGGAGAGAAGGCAAAAGGAGAAUUACAGAUCUCGUCUCAUGGAAGAACACGAGGUACCAGAUUGGGUGUACGUUGUGCCUGAUAGCAAGGAUGGCAAGGGGAAAGGAUUUGAACAUGAUAUUGGCAAUCUCACUGGAAAGCGACGUAGAAAGGAGGUUGUCUAUAUCGAUACACUCAGUGACUUACAAUGGAUGAAGGCUGUGGAAUAUGGAGAAGACGUAUCUAAGCAGUCAGCGAAAGGAAAAAGGAGGGAGGAUCCUCCUGUCAUGAGCAAUGAAUUGACUAGCAAUAAUGGUGGAGGAGAGAAGGAAGCAUCAGAAUUGAAGGGUGAAACUGUGUCUAUUGCAAGUGAGGCAAUUAGUGAAGAUACCUUUCCCACCUCAAAAAGGUCCAACUCUGAAGCGGUGAAUUCCCUGAAGAGUGAAUAUGAAUGUUUCGAAGAUACAGCAUGGAAGGGGCUGACAUGGAAGCCACAUAAGAGGAAGAGAUCAAGUUUAGUGUCGUGAGUUAAUCUAGUGGUCGCGAUUAGAAUUCUAACAGUGGGGAUGAAUGAAUGUGAGUCUAAUGGCCUACUUGGACACUACCAUGGAGGGAUUCGAUAGUUCUUAUCAUCACAUUGUAACUGCAGCUGCUAUACUUACGUAAACGCCUCAAGGUUUAGUUGUGGCUAUUGGUGUGUUGGCGUGCUCCCUGGUGCAGCAAGUAUGAAAAUGGCCUUCUUCCAGUUAUGUUCUAUGCUUUCUCCACCAUUUCCAUCAAAGUUACGAUUUGUCGCAAUGCCUGUGAGCCUUAUGUUGACCAUGUCAGGUGACAUUUCUAAGCAGUCAGGAGUCUGAACUGUAACCAUUUACUUAAAAUUUAAUGAGUUUUUUUUAGUGUAUGCAAUCAAAUAAAUGAGUUUGUAUGUGCUAUUUGCCUGUCAAACGGGGCGAGCCUUGGUGCA